GCACACUCCCAGCCACACAGCAAGCAGCAGCAGCAAGCUCGAGCUAACCAGCUACAAGCUACAAGAAGCAGCCUAGCAAAUUAAGCUCGAUCGAUAGCAAUGGCGGCGAAGGCGGCGCUUGUUCUGGCGGUGAGCCUCCUCGCCGUGGCCGUGGCGGCGAGCGCCUGCGGCACCGACUGCCCGCCGGCACCGAGGCCGAGGCCGAGCACCGGGUCGUGCCCGCGCGACGCGUUGAAGCUGCGGGUGUGCGCCAACGUGCUGGGGCUCGUCAAGGCCAAGGUCGGCGCGGUGGCGCCGUACGAGCCCUGCUGCUCGCUGCUCGACGGCCUCGUCGACCUCGACGCCGCCGUCUGCCUCUGCACCGCCGUCAAGGCCAACGUGCUCGGCAUCAAGCUCGACCUCCCCGUCGACCUCAGCCUCAUCCUCAACAACUGCGGCAAGAUCUGCCCAUCCGACUUCAAGUGCGUGCACUAGAGCUGGUUGUUGCACUUGUUUCUCCAUGACCAUGGCUGCGAGCUUGAGAGUACUACUGUAUCUUGAUGUUGUUUGGAGUACUUUAGUUCUUGAUCUAUCUCUUGGUUCCAUGUGUUGUUUGAUUCCCAUGAAUGAUUCGCCAAUAAAAUGAAGCUCUACUUUUCAUCGA